ACCAGAAAGUGAAACAGCACAGAUUGAUGACGUGGAACACAUAUUGCACCACCGAACGGAAAGAGAGGCUACGUUACCGAAGUUAUUUUUAUCCGUUUGGGUUAUAAAAUGUUACACGCGUCACCAACGGUCAUUCAUUAAGCUACAGAACAAGACGACAUCAUAACUUUUUAUUCGAAUAUUACAACAAAUAGAUUUAAUGCCGAGCAGAGUAAUGGAUACCAGCGAUUUGUGCCCUGUUUGCCACGAGGCUGUAGAUAUUUUUGCAAUCGGUCAUUGCGAUCACCCGAUAUGUUACCGAUGCUCAACAAGAAUGCGUGUACUGUGUAACCACAUGUAUUGCCCUAUCUGUAGGACUGACUUAAACCAGGUAUAUAUGGUUCACAAAAAGGUUAAAUGUGAAGAAAUCCCUCGUUAUGGUUACAUCCCAAACAGGAGAUACAGAUUAUUUUUUGAAGAUGGACAGAUUCAGAAGAAGUUUGAGAAGCUAAAUGAACACCGCUGUCCUAAAUGCAAAAUGGCGGAGAGAAACCUGAAAGCAUUGCAGCAACAUCUUUCAAAACAACAUACUUUAUUUUUCUGCAAUUUAUGUUUGGACCACUUAAAGAUAUUUCCAUCUGAACGGAAGGUUUAUAGCCGGCAAGAUCUAGCACUACAUCGCCGCCAGGGGGAUAAAGAUGACACCUCCUACAAGGGACACCCGCUGUGUCAUUUCUGUGAUGAACGUUAUUUGGACAAUGACGAGCUCUUCAAGCAUUUGAGAAAAGACCACUAUUAUUGUCAUUUCUGCGAAACUGAUGGCAAUCAGGAUUAUUACAGUGAUUAUGAAGAUCUUAAAGAACACUUCCGGGCCAAGCACUUUCUGUGUGAGGAUGGGGACUGUGUCAACACUCAGUUUACUCAUGCCUUCCGAUCUAAGAUCGACUUCCAAGCUCACCAGACAAAUCACCACUCAAGGACUCUGUCAAAAUCACAAGUGAAGCAGGCCAGAACCAUAGAGGUCGACAUCCAUCUGGCACCACGCAACAGGAGGCGGGAUAAAGGAGUAGUGACAGCUGAGGACUAUGAGGAUAGGCCGGCCCAGAGGACUGGACCCCCAGUAAGGGGUCAGGGAAGACUAGUGAAGGAACGAUUCAGGGAGGAGGACAUGAACCGAGCAAUCCAGGCAUCAUUGAGUGUGAUGACAGAAGAAAAGAUGAAGAAGCCUAAAACGGUCGAGGAGGAGAGAAAAACACCAUCUCCAGAAUUACUACAGGACACUCAACAAUUCCCAAGCCUCGGGAAAAUGAAAGAAGAACCGAAACCUCUACGUUGUGAUUCCCCGGCGACCGUGGACUCGGAUUCGGAGAAAUCAAGUCGGUCAUUAGCACAAAGACUAGCCAAGAAGUCCAAGCAAUCUGUUCAACAUGGAGCAAUGGGCGAGGAAGAUUUUCCAACUCUUUUGAUGAAGCCCUCGAAACCUGAAAUCACUGUGAAUGUUGUAAAAACUUCCAAACCUGCACCACAUGCCUACAGUGUGGCAUCAAAGUUAGGACCUGCAGGUGUUCAGGAAGAUUUUCCAAGUCUUCCUGUAAGUAAACCGAAUAGUGCAUCAUCUGCUUCCAUCGGUCGGUGGGGCAAGAACAGUGCUGCUGGUGGAAAGGGUUUUAAAACCGUAAAAACUGUACCUUCCGUUUCAAGCCAAUCUCCUUUAGAUGUGAUAAUGAGUGAUCGGUCAGGCAAGGGUGAAACCAAGAAAGACAAACCAAGGAAUUCCAGAAAUCAAACCUUCACCUCAGAGAACGACUUUCCCACCUUAUCUUCAGCUGGGGUAGAAAAUCGCAACACGGACUGGCUGAAAAAUGUAACAGAAAAAAAGAAAGUGAAACAGGUUAAACCAAUUGACUGGUUUGACAUAAAUAAUGAAUCGAAUGAAUUUAGUAUUGAAAAUCUUAGUGGUGAUAAGGAUAAUAAACAGUUAAUUACUGAGGCAUAUAAAGAGACUAAGAAAAAGAAAAAGACUAAAAAGACUAAAUUGAGUAGUAAUGGUGGUAAAUCUGCUAGUGAUGAUGUGAUGGGUGGUACUUCAUCACUAGAUAAUAUAGCAACAUCAUGGUUGGGAAAUGGAUUUCCAGCUUCAGAAGAGAAAAAAGUGGUGAAGGUUGUGGAAGAAAUCUGUGUGAAGGAAGUGGAGCAGACUUCAGAAAAAAUCGAGAGCAACACAACUACCUCAGAGCCAGUUGCAAAUGUUGAUCCACCCGUUGAAGAUCAGAUCUUGGAAAGAAAUGUAGAGGAAAGUUUCAUUCCAGUGAAAAUUAAAGAGAAGAAAAGCAAAGAGAAGAAAAAUGGAAGUCUGGAUUCCUCUGAUUUUCCAGCUCUGUCUGCACCGCCGGUUAAAGGACCUCCGCCGGGCUUUAGCAAAGCCAAGAAGCCUCCUCCGGGAUUCGAAAGUCCACAGACCCCCGUGUUGGUCUCUUCUACUGUGCUGGCUCCUCCACCAGGGUUUGCAUCUUCUUCGCUGGUUGAUCUGAAAGAUCUGAGUUUGAAGAAUUUGAUGGAUUCUGUUUCAAAUGAAAGUCGGGUGCCAAAUGCUGACACACCAGGAGUGUUUCCCGAGAGCUAUCGUUAUGAGGAACCAAAGGAUUUCCAAUCUAGAAACAAAGACCUUGUGAUGAAAAUCAAAGAUGUGUUUCAAGAAAAUGAGGACAAAUUUUCUACCUUUAAAUCAUGUUCAAGUGAUUUCCGGGGAGGAACUGUGUCUGCUAUAGAAUAUUACAAUAAGUGUACGGAACUGAUAGGACUGGAACAUUUUAUACAGAUCUUCACAGAACUUUUAGUUUUACUUCCUGACAUUGAAAAGCAGCAGCAGCUUCUGGAUGCACAUAAAAUGCAUGAGAAAUCAAAAAACAGUGCUGAAAAAGUGUUGAAGAUCAGCGGUAAAAGUUCAGCUGCUCCAUGGAGUAGUCAACCAGACUUUGUUGCUUGUCCAGUUUGUCAUCAAAUUCUGCUGCAAGGUGACUACAACCAACAUGUGAGUAUGCACAACCUGGAAGCCGACUAUCCCUCCCUUGGUUCUCGGGUGACUGCGCAAGGACCUGGAAUGAGGGCAUGGAUCAAGGCCAACUAGAUUGACAGGUGGAACUCUUAAUUCCAUGCUACACUAGUGAAUAUGACAUGUGGGGAAGACGUAAACAAUUCGUUAAACUACAUAAUGAAAUUUUGUCGCUUUAUUUAAAUAUGUAAGUUUUUAUUUUGCAAGUUGAGUUAAAAAUUACCUAUGCAAAGCAAUUUAAUGAGAAUUUUCAUUGUAGCAUAUCAUUGAUUUUGACCUCGAGUAAGCUUUCCUGAUCAUUCUUUAGUAUCCAUCUCAGUUUUUUUGGACUUUUUGAUCUUUUCUCUAGAAGUAAUGAUCUAUUUUCAGUCAAACUUGACACAAAGUUGUUGAAAAGGUUUUACAAGAGUAUGCAUAGUGUAGAUCUAUUCCUUUGUGCAGAUCGUGGUCUUUGAUGUCGUAUUCGGAGGCCAUGGUCCGAGUGGUCUAAUGUUCAAUUUAAAUAAAAUCUUUCAAGAAACAGUUGAUUUUGUCAAAGUUACAUAUAAGUACAUUGUACCCUUAUUUGUUUAUUGUAGAAAUACAGUAAGAGCAUUCUUCUUAUGAUAAUUGCUGUUUAAGAUUCACAUGUCUGUCAUGUGGCCAAUUUUGAGUGGAUCUGUAAUUUAUGUAGUUAGGAUUUUUACUGUUGUGUUUAUGGCUGAAUCAAGAUUACAAAAUCAAUAUUCCAAGAUGAAUUCAGCCUUAUGAAAUGUUAAGAAAUUGUCUCAAAAAAUAUCUGUUGUUAAAUUGACAGACAUUUCAUCAAUUUCAAAUGUGAAAGGAUCAUGCUUGUAUAUUGUACAUCUACCUACUACGGUAAACUGACUUAAAUUCACGUGCAAUAAAUUUCACAAGGUUCGUUACCAACCAUGUCUCUUGUACUGAUUUGAGAUUAUUUCGGUCACAAAAAUUAGUUACUGCAAACCAUUUAUCACUGUUAAGUAGCGGAAUAAAGUUGUCGUGAGUAAGAGUUGGUUUACAGUACGCUACCAGUAAUAGAUGGAGAGGUCUUUUUAUCAGCUGUCUUUUUCAGUUGUAGUUUUAGGUUCAUUGACCGUUUUUGAAAUUAAAUAGUUCUCUUUUAAGAAAAACAGUGCAUGGGAUAGAAGCAGUAUUCAGGCACUGUAGCUUGUGGUGGAAUGUUUUAACUUGCAUUUGAGAAUAUUUCAUUUUAUGGUAUCAGUAUUACAUGAUGUGUGGCUAUUCAUUGGUUUCAGUUUGCACUCAUCAUUUUGGGAAUUCUAUCUGUAAAUAUUUGACCCAUGAUGUUGGUAAAGAUUUAGAUGGGUUUGGUUUUUUUUAAUUGUAAAAUACAUGUACAUGUAAAUGAUUUAAAUUCUGGCUGGGUUUUAAUAAUUGCAAAUACAUGAAGUAAAUUCUAGCCGGGUUUUAAAAAUUGCAAUUUAUACAUGAAGUAAAUUCUAGCCGGGUUUUAAAAAUUGCAAAUACAUGAAGUAAAUUCUGGCCAGGUUUAAUUGUAAAUACAUGAUAAUAAAUUUUGACUGGGUUUUAAAAGCCUUAGGAUGUGUUCAUCUUAAUCCUGUCCCAAUCUGUGUCUAAUUCCAUAGCAGCUAUUUGUAUUUGUAAUGACUAGAUAAGAAUUUGUGCUUCUCAGGAGGUCACCCAUGUCUACAAAUGUGAAGUGUUAGUGUACACAGGUGCUAUUGGAAGUGUGUAAAAAUGAUCUGGUCAGUACAUGAAUGUGAUAAAUUAUCUAUUAUGCCUUAUCUUCCACCACAAUUUCAACCAUUAAUUUAUACAGUAAAACACGGUUACAGUGAACUUGCUUAUAAUGAAUCCAUGCUUACUGUAAAGUGAAUUUCAUUCCCUUUAGUUUUAAAACAUGAUAUGAGCUUACUGGAUGUAAAGAAUUAUGUCGAUAAUGAAUCGGAAAAUUGUUCAUCCCCCAACAUGUAAAAGCGUGUUU